GGUGGUAUCGGUGUGUGUGUGUGUGCUCGUGGUGGUUUUUUCUUUUUCUUUUCUUUUUUUUCCCCCCUUUUUUCUUUCUUUCUUUCCUUUUUCCUUUUUUCCCUCUUCUCUCCUAGGGACAACACAAUGGCAGUCUUCUCUCAGUGAGACGAAUCCUGCUUAGCCUCCUGCAGACUCACUCAUCCUCAUAGCGAUCAAGUAAAAAGGCUAUGAUUUUCUCUUCGGGGAUCUUUUGUGCAUUCCUGUUCUCCUUGAUUAACUCUGCUCUCAGUUGGGAUUUCUUUGCUUUUUUGUUUGUCUUCACGCUGAAAAAGGAUUUUUUGGCCAACCCUUUGGUAAUAAUCCAGUGGUGAUCAAGGGGGAUAAAAUCGUUCACCCUGGCCGAAAAAAAACAAUCACUGAGAAGUCUCAAAGAAAUACACCACGUGAGGGGAAAAAACUGGGAGAAGAUCCGGAAUAUCAUCGUUUUUCCUAUGGUAAAACCGGUGCCCCUCUUCAGGAGAACUGAUUUCAAAUUAUUAUUAUGCAACCACAAGGAUCUCUUCUUUCUCAGGGUGUCUAAGCUGCUGGAUUGCUUUUCGCCCAAAUCAAUGUGGUUUCUUUGGAACAUUUUCAGCAAAGGAACGCAUAUGCUGCAGUGUCUUUGUGGCAAGAGUCUUAAGAAAAACAAGAACCCAACUGAUCCCCAGCUCAAGGGUAUAGUGACCAGGUUAUAUUGCAGGCAAGGCUACUACUUGCAAAUGCACCCCGAUGGAGCUCUCGACGGGACCAAGGACGACAGCACGAAUUCUACACUGUUCAACCUCAUCCCAGUGGGACUGCGCGUCGUUGCAAUCCAGGGAGUGAAGACGGGGUUGUACGUAGCCAUGAAUGGAGAAGGUUACCUCUACCCAUCAGAACUUUUUACCCCUGAGUGCAAGUUUAAAGAAUCUGUUUUUGAAAACUAUUAUGUAAUCUACUCAUCUAUGCUGUACAGACAACAGGAAUCUGGCAGAGCCUGGUUUUUGGGAUUGAAUAAAGAAGGGCAAGUUAUGAAAGGAAACAGAGUAAAGAAAACCAAACCAGCAGCUCAUUUUCUACCCAAGCCAUUGGAAGUUGCCAUGUACCGAGAACCAUCUUUGCAUGACGUCGGAGAAACGGUCCCGAAGGCCGGGGUGACGCCGAGUAAAAGCACGAGCGCGUCGGCCAUCAUGAAUGGAGGCAAACCAGUCAACAAAAGUAAGACGACAUAGCCAGACCCUCAGAGGUGUUGUGACUGAGUCGCCCCCGAGCGCUGUUGAGCCCUUUAUCCCGGCCAGACCUUCCCGCUCCCUCCGGGGGCCCAGGAGCCGCUGGGGGUAGGCUGCUCCCCACUGGCCCGAACUCCUUGGUUGCAAGUGGGAUAAAUCUCAACGCGUUGCGCCCCCCCACAAGAAGAAGACACCUGGACAACCAGCUCAACUCAGACCAUGGAAUGCCCUACCAGAUAUGGAAUGCCUUUUUAAUAUCUUUUCUGUGACUGUGACACUUCAUGUGAAUGACCUCCUUCACCAGUCCACUCGACACCUUGCCUGCUGACAGCUACCCAUAUUCCUUUUUGAGUCCCGUUUCGGCGAAAUCCAUGUGUUUCAGUUCGAUUUUUGUAGCACACAGAUAUUCUUGAGUAAGUUUCUAGUUAGAUGCUGUAAACCUGUGCUAUUCUGGAGUUCUCUUCUUCCCCUUUAUUUUUUCUAGGGCUGCUGGCUCUACUGUCUGUGACCUUUUGUAGGGAUGGUGUUCCUCUCAAUCUUAACUGUUGCGGUUGGCUUAGUUGGGACAGCGAUCAGGGAAACAGAAAGCCUUCUAAAUCUAUUAUGACAAAUUGCAUCUGUAAAGAGUAGGAUUGUGGUCUCCGGCUCACACAACUGAUGAAACACACAUAUACGCCCCGUCCAGUAGCAGAUACUGUGCUCCCGAGGCCCGCGUGGCCGGGCUGAGAAACGGGGUCAAACGCAGACAUGGGAAGUGCUCUAUGAUCUGGGUUUGACAUCCCCCUUAGUUUCUUUGUGUGUGUGUGUGUGUGUGUUUUAUACAUAUCACAAGCUUACUGGUAAUGGUAACAUUUGCCUUGCCCAGCGAGCAAGACCCACUGGUUUUUGAGAAAGUGGGUCAAAAGAACUCUGUAGGCCUUGUAGGCCUGAUUAAGGUUCAUUUUUCAUCUAUGAAUCCUCAUUAUUUGGGAAAAAAAAAAAAGGAAAAAAAAUAAUUGAUUAACAACCUACAAGAAUUGCGCUACCUAAAUCCAUCUCAGAUAGAGAAUCCUUCCUGUUUUUAAUGAACCAAACUUAACACCAUCCCCAAUUUGGGCUGCGUUCCACUCAUACUCGGCAGAGCAUGGGCAAGGCGGCUGUUGUGUUCUUUCCUGCAGCAGCAAUGCAAACGUUAGUUAUAAAUUAGACUUUAAUAUUUUUGGUGUUUAAUGACAAGUUUUUAAACCGGACACAUUAGGUAAAAAAAAAAAAAGUAUUUUUUUUAGCUCAGCAUGCUGAGUCAGGUACUGUGUAUUUCACCAGUCCAUACCUCUGACUCAGCUUCUGGGGUCCACAUGGCCCAGUAGCUGAGUUAGCGGUGCCUUGCCAUGAUCUCAGAAUGCAGUCUGUUGAAUUAUUCUAGAUUAAAAAUAAAGGCAAACCAACACGUUCAAAUAUCAGGUUUUCAGUCCAUCCGAUAUAUAUAUAUAUAUAUAUGUUUUCUUGCUUUUGUUUGAUUUUGCUUUCUUAACUUCCUUUGGGAUUUCCAACUGCUGAAUUCUGAGGUUAGGGAGGACAGCGAUGAGAAAGUCUGGGAAUAGUUGGCUCCACAGUGAAGAAACCAUGCAAAAUGUUCACUAUCGGAUCUAAAGAGUUUCAAAAUGUUUGAUACUAAACUGUUUGGAAAUAUAUUUGUUAACUCUGUGUAUACUUAAUAAAUUUCAAUGUUUUUCUCCUCUGAACAGUUAAUUGAGACCAAACUGAAUCUCAUUUAUAGAAAACUAUAUGUGGGAUCCGUGUACUGGCCUCUUGUUAUUUUCCAUGUGGAAGGAUGACCCAGUUGCCAUUUUCUCCCAUCCGCACUGUAUUUACUGGGAAAUUAUUUUGUCACUGCUUUCCUAAGUCUCCAUGACAGCCUUUGCCCAGCCUUUAAAAAUUUUGGCCUGCUUAGCUGAUUAAAGAUUUACUAUCAAUUUAACUGUUUAUGCUUAUUUCAUUUUCAUAUUGAAUUCCAGUUUAAUAAAUAAAAAGUUAGCAUAACAUCUGAGUAGAUUUAUUGUCGAUAAUGCUAAAGUACAAAUACAACAAAAUGAUUCUUUGGACCUCUCUUGAUUUCUUAUUACACUGCUCCAAAGCCUAUUAUUUUUAACAGGCUAAGUUAAAAUACAUUAGAUGAAUUACAUUAAUCAAUUUUUAGGGAACACAUAUACUCCGUAAUAUGUGACAAACUGUGAAUAACAACUUGAAAUUCCAAUUAGAUAGACUUACCCUACCAUGCGCAUGUGUGUGCAGGUACACACACACACACACACACACACACACACACACACACAUAUCAAAAAGCCCCACCUAUAUGUUUUUGGUAAUCGGCCCUACUUGCUGGUUUCUUUUUCUCUCCUGCAAGUUUGUUUAUUGGUUAAAAUUAUGACAAGAUUUAUUUUUGUAAAUGAAUGAGAUUUCAGUAAAUGUGUACCUCUUUUAUUUUUUACAUGAGUUAUCUAUAAGGGCAUUUAUCCCUAUGAAUGGAUGUCAAAAUACUUUCUUCUAAUAUAUGUUUAGACGUACUGCAGAGGGGUCCUUGUUAUUUGUGAUCUAGUUAGAUCAUUUCCUCUGUGUCUGGUCUGACCUGUUGCAUGGAACGAGGACAGCACUGAUGAACUGCAUGUCGUAGGACCUGUGUUUCAAGAGCCGUUGGUGUGUGUUAUUCAAUCUACAUACAAAGAGUUUGUCUGCAUUGUACAGUUUCUGUGUUUAAUAUCAUUUGUUGUAUUCAUAAAUACAACAUAUUGAAUAAAAUAUUUAUAUGAAGGCAUAUUCAACAACAUCGAACAACUUUAUGUAACAAAAUGGCAUUGCAUCACCCACAGAUAUAGAGAAAUGUCAUGUAAAUAAGUUUGGUAAACUCAGUCUCCCCCUUUACCAUGCCAAAGAAGAUUUUAGCUCUUUGAUGAUACCUCUUUUGCUAUUUUUCCAGGAUAAGACUCCACCAUUUCUGCCCCCCUCAAAAACUAAGUUUGCUGUUUUAAGUGCAAUCUGUCGCCAUUGAUGUUCUGUACAGUAAAUCUGAUGGAAUUCAUUUGUAUUUGGAGACCACCAUGUGAUCUGUACCUCCAUGUACGUAUGUUGAUUUUAUUGAGUCUUUCCAGUAUCACAUGCCUUUUGCAUCCAUAUCUGGUGUGGGAGGGUUACGUCUGCUGACCUUUUAUGGUAGCUGUUGCUUCACUCAUUCCUCAACAAUGCUCUGGAAUGUUCAUUGUUUUAAUAUUUCAAGUGAUACCAUUUUAUUUUCUUAUGUUUGCUAAAAUAUUUUGCUACAACUUAACCUGAAAAAAUUAUAGAAGAGAGGCAAAUGGCCCAACCUAUAUAAAGAGUACAAUGGAAUUGAGCAUCAUUCCAUUACAAAUCUUGGAGAAUUCAGAGGUUCUUGCUCCAAAUGUUCCUUUGCCCUGAGUGUUUUGGGUUCAGGACUGGCUUCAAAGGUGCCAUGAUGAACCCACAAGACUCCUGCCAUGGUCCAUCUAACUAUUUGCCUCUUGGAGUGCAAGAGGAGUUUAUCACACCUGGCCAGUUGCUUAAUGAAUGCUUAAAGCAUUAAAACAGUCAGCUGUUUUCAGGAUGACCAAUAUCGGAUUUGGCUCUUUUUUAAAAAACAAGAAAAAAAUACUUCUCGACUUAAAAGUUAGACAUGUACCACUUCAUUUAAAGUUCUCUCCCUAAUAUUAGAGGGAGUAUGAACAUUUUAGAAGGAGACUAUAUCCAGGGACAGCUGUUGAGCUAAACCCAGGCAUCUCAGACUCCAGAUGUGAACUGUGUUACUCUGGAGUAAAAUACACUUUUUAGAGUAGCUUUGUUAGCUUAUAAAGUGACUCAAUACUGAGUGGGGUUUCAAAAGCUUUGAUAGUGAGUCUGCAAACAAAUGUUGAAUUAUGUCUUGUUUUUGUUUUCUCUUGGUUUUCUCUGUCAUUUGGUCUAAUCCCCAUGUUGUGUUUGCAUUUGAAGUGGUGGAGGCAAUUCCUUCCAAUGCAUGGUGAGAAUCCAGAUUAGCUCAGAGUCCAGGGUGAUUCUCUUAGGUCUCAGGAUGUUUGUAGACUCUUAUUCAAAAGUCCUUUAUGAAAGAAUUCCUCAGUGAUGGUUUGCCAAGCAAACUGGGUUGGUGCUAACACCAUUGGCAAACAUGUAUCGUUCCCAAUAGACGUAUUUCCACCAUAACUACCGACCAACUUGAAUUAGCCAAUGAAAUUUCCCUCCAACUAUUAGUUUAUUCUUGCCCUGACUUUUUUUUUUUUUUUUAAAGAGGGAGUUUCUAUCUAAGCAAUGGAAUCAAAAGUCAAAGUACAAAAUCACAUCUAAGAAGGGUAGAAAUUUGUCUUUGUACGUAACUAUGUCUAUUUUUCUCCAACUUAAACAUGUAAGUUAAAUCACUUCUUCAUAGAUCUAUAUUGAUGUCCGCAUUGCUAGAGACCCAAAAUCAUACAUACACACACAGAAGAACUGUUGCAGCAGACAGAAAGUGGUAAAAUGAAAAUAUUUUUGUUUUAGAAGAAAAAUAUUAGCGUGUAGGUACCAUGUGACUUCAUGCCGUAGUUUCCUUUUGGUUCAAUAAUUCCGAGCUAAAUGAACCCCAGAAUAGAGCUGAAAUAUAUUUUCAGCUUUGUCAAAAAAUUUGGACCAAUCACAUUUUGAACUUUAUAAUACACUAAUUUCUCCAUAUUUUUUUUCUUAAAAAAACAUGAAUGCCAAGGACAUUUUUGUUCAAUGAAAAUAGAAAAAAGAACAGCACUUUUGUUGUAGGUUCUGUAAUGAAAAGGGUUAACAGAUGUAGAGAAUGAUAAGAAAAAGAAGACACACGGAGGGUUAUGUGAUAAGAGAGGAAGCUAAGAGCAGUUUCAGUAGAGCAGAGGCUGGCAAACUCCUGCCAAAUUCAUCUCCCAAUGUUUCUUACAGUCCAGGAGCUCAGAAUGAAUUCGUUUUGUUUUCUCAGCUUUAAAAUAUUAAAUGAAAACAAACAAGAAUUUGUAACAGAGAUGUCUGUGACCCACAAAGUCUAAAGUAUUCACCAUCUGGUCCUUUGUAGAAACCAAAGUUCUGCAAGAAAGGAACCUGAAGGUCUUUUGUACAAAUUAUGAUGGCUGGAUAAGGUAAUGAAGUUGAGUGUCUGUGCAGCAUCACAUAAGGCAUCAGAAUUGCAACUGAACAAUAACAGCUUUGUUUGAGAGUUGAAGUGUUUAGACAGAGGAAAGAGUAUAAUCUGUAUUGUUUCUUCACAGCUUAUAUUUCCCUCAUUUACAAAAACUGAUCUAUUGAUUGAUAUACAUGAGACUAAAGAUACAAUCACAUCGUUGCACUCCUUAAUCUCAGGAUAGAAGUGACAAUUUUAUAAAUCUCCUAAAGUACAAGGACACUAUUAGUACUAUCAAAAUCAGCAUCAGUUAAAUUUUCUCUUAAAUAAUUUUCAAUAUUAAAUUUUUCAGUAACUCAGCAGAUGCAUAUUUUCCUUAUUUUUGGUGAUGUGACUUAGAAAAGUCCAAGCCACAAUUCUAGAAUAUUUACAUCAUCAAGUAAAAUUUCCAAGGAAAACUUUUCAUCUUAAUAUGGAAAUGAUUUUGUUACAUUAUUCUAGGAUUUUACAAGAUAGAAAUCGCCUUUAGAAAAAAAAAAAGUGGGGUUUUUAUUAGCUCUAAAUAAUUAAAGGUUGCCUAACUAAUGUGUAUAAGUAGAUUUAACUGUAAAUAUGUAAGGGAAGUCUGAAUUAUUGUACAUUUUCAUAAUUCAAUGUGAAUUUCAUACAGAGCAGAAUUUCACCAUUAAGAAAAUAAACAUUUUGUUCUUA